UCUAUUUGGAUAAAUGGAUUUUCUCAGACCGGAAGUAUCCAGGCGGACCCUGGGGAUUCCCCGUAGUCGGACACCUUCCGUUGCUAGGGAAAUUCCCCCCUAAGCAGCUCAUGGCGUGGCGUAAUACAUACGGCGACGUUUACAGGAUACGUUUGGGAAGCUGGCCAGCAAUCGUUGUUAAUGGCUACGCUGCCGUGAAAGAAGCGACGCUAACGGCCGGUGAUGCGUUUUCCGGCCGCCCCGAUUUUGUUUCCGCACAGGUACUCCGUAGUCGGACAGGGGACGAGGAUUUCGCGUUUGGAACUUUCUCUCCUGCCUAUGUUCAGCAACGGAAACUAUUAGCGCAGGCCUUGAGAAUGUUUACAAAUACAAGACAAAUGUUUGUAGAAGAAAUUGUUGAUACUGCGGCCAAGAACUUAGUGAAGACUCUUGUCGCAAAAUUUUCAAAAACAGCUGGUUCCCUUGAAGAUGAUGUACAAUUUGCCGUGGCAAGUAUUAUGUAUCAGAUACUGUAUGGAAAGUCGAAACAAGUAAAUAAAGACAAACACGUCAGGGUCAUUGCAAACGGGAUAGAGGAGAUUAAUCGUUUUAGCGGAAGCGGAAGCCCAAUUGACGUCAUGCCCUGGCUGAGACAUGUUAUGCCAGGUAAACUUGAAACGCUGCGGAACCUUCAAUGCGAAUCAGACAAAAUUAUGUUAUCAGAAGUAGAAGAGCACUACAAAACGUUUGAUAAGGACAAUGUACGCGAUAUAACCGAUGCUAUUCUGAAUGCCGCCGAGCAACUGAAACAAGACGAUGAAGGCGGGUAUGAGCUGACAAAAAUGCGAUUGAUCAUGUCCUUGGUGGACCUUCAGGGUGCCGGAUUUGACACUACACAUAAGACGACACUCUGGCUUGUGUUGUACAUGGCGGCAUACCCUGCCGUCCAGAGCCGUGUCCAAGAGGAAAUUGAUAGCGUUGUAGGACAAGAACGGCCGCCAGCUCUCGCAGAUAAGCCCCGCCUUGUAUACACGGAAGCAGUCAUUCAGGAAGUCAUGCGCAUUGUUACGAUGCUUCCGGUGUCCUUGCCGCACUACGCGAUACAAGACUCCAAGAUAUGUGGCUACCAUGUUGACAAAGACACCGUUGUCAUUCUUAAUAUGUUCUCCGUUUCCCAUGAAGCAAAGGCCUGGGGAGAUCCUGACAAUUUCCGACCUGAGCGUUUUUUGACUGAAAGCGGGGAAAUCAACACCGCAUUACUCGGACACUCACUUCCGUUUGGCCUCGGACGGAGGCGAUGUGUUGGUGAACAAUUAGCCAACAUCAACCUCUUCAUUUUGUUUUCAUCUCUCAUGCAGCAGUGUCGCUUUACACUCUCAGGCACAGCGGACCUGACACCGAUACCGGGACUGGUUUAUACCCCGGAGAAAUGCAAUAUCAUGGUGCAGAAUAGGAGUUAAAUUCAAUCACGUUUGAUUGAAUAUGCAAUACAGUCGAAACCCGUUGGCUCGAUAUCGCUUGACCCGAUUUCAUCGCUAGCUUGAAGUGGAUGUCAAGGACGAAUUUUGUUUUACAUUUUAUAAACGUUCCCUCUUGGCUUGAUAUUCGCUACGGUCUAAGUAUUUUUGUCCAAUCCUCGGGAUAUCGAUCUGUAUAUUGGUCUGUAAUUUAAUAUUGACACCACACUGGUGCUGAUAUAUUUUGUAAACCGACAAACAUGCAGAUAUGCUUUGAUUGUUAAUCUUCUAACCCCAUGUGUAUGUAAACGGAGUUUCUCAUAUCCACGUAUUAUAUCGAAUGAUGAAUGUGUGUAAAUCAGUAAAUCGUUGGGCAUAGCGGCAUAUGUGGCUUUAAUUAUGUGGGAGGUAUAAAUAUGAUUUAAAUAAAAAAUGUUGUUUAAAUUUAUAUAAGAUAGUGUUUCAUUAAAAAUGUAAUAUUCUUCAAAUGUCUUGGAUGGGUUUUAUUCAUUUUCUAUGUAGUUUAACAGAUGACAAUAUUUGCUAGUUAAUUGUGGCAAGCCAUCCAUAAUUAGGAUGCAAAUGUGUCGAGAUUAUAUCUAUGUUUAAUUUACAUUGAUUAACCAUUAUAUCAUUUUUACAUGUAUUACAUAUUUGGAUAACACGAUAAUGACGCUGCUAUAAUGAUAUGAUAUA